AUUUCAAGCAAAGUGCGAAGCGGGGGCUGACGUUGUUGAUCCGCCGGUUCUCUCAACCAAUCAAUUUUAAUAACCGACAAAAGAUUUUGUAAUGCUACGUCGGGUGGUUCGGAUUUUGGGAUAAUCAAUGGAUUCUGCAUCUUGUUCCAUAGACUCUGUGCACCAUCCAUACCACUCCCUCUCUUCGACUGGCUGCUUUUCUACCCCGCACUUGUUGCAAUGGAAAAAGCCUACGAGGCAUCAAGAUCCCAACUGCCAAAAAAUACCGAGUUCUAUCUCUCGGAGACACCUGCAGAGAAGGACAGACGUAUUCGCGAACUGUUUGAUACCCUCGACCGCAAGAAAAAUGGCUUACUCGACAGCGAAGCUAUCCAGAAAGGAUUUACUGCCAUGACGCAUGUACCAGCUCGAAUGAAAUAUGUCAAUGAGCUUUUGGCUUGUUGUGAUACGAGUAACGACGGUUACGUUGAUUACCACGAAUUUAAAGCCUACGUCAACGAGAAAGAGCGAGAGCUAUGGGAAUUAUUCAAGCAAAUCGAUCGCAAUGGCGAUGGAAGACUGGUUUCAAGUGAUUUGGAAAGAGCGCUUCAAGGUGCAGGCAUAACGUUAUCCAAAGAAGAAUGUCAUGAUUUCGUUCAAGCCAUGGAUCUCGACGGCAAUGGUUUUAUCGAUUUUUGUGAAUUUAAGAAUUUCCUGCUCCUAUUACCGGAAACAAACAUCCGAGAUAUUUAUAGAUACUAUCAAGCAUCAACGCAACUAACGCAAGAUGCCGAUGUUAUUAUACCUCCGACCGAUGAGACAGCGCAUAACGCAUUGAGAUAUCUGCUGGCAGGUGGCAUUGCAGGUGCUGUAUCGCGAUCCUGCACAGCGCCGUUUGAUCGACUCAAGGUAUAUCUGAUAACGCAAAGCACCGAACACAAAUCUCUGUCUUUGCGGGAUGCGGUCACUACGAUCUACAAAAAAGGAGGUUGGCGAGGCUUUUUUGUGGGCAAUGGCUUGAACGUACUGAAGAUCAUUCCGGAAUCGGCAAUCAAGUUUUACUCGUACGAAACCGCCAAAGGUCUAUUUGCGCAAGCACUGAAAUGCGAGGACAAGGAUUCGAUUCCGACCGGUGCACGCUUUUUAUCCGGUGGCAUUGCUGGUCUUUGUGCGCAAUUUACGAUUUACCCUGUGGAAACGCUAAAAACCAGAAUCAUGUCCCAGCAAGCCAUCAAUGGGUCAAAAGCCGAUGGCGGGAAGUCGGGGCUGCCAAAAACACAAGCAGUAUCGCGGUCCCUUAUCUUCAAUACGGCGAAAACAAUGUAUACUCGUAAUGGGAUUCGCGCGUUUUGGCCAGGAUUGACACUGGGUCUGAUCGGCGUAUUCCCUUAUCAAGCGAUGGAUCUCGGCAUUUACGAGAGUUUAAAAAUGGGAUACCUGCAUUAUACAGAAAAAGAUCACCAUGACGGUAAGAAACGUCAACCGAGUGUCUUAGUACUGUGGGCUUGUGGUAUGGUAAGCGGGUCCAUUGGUGCGACAAGUGUAUAUCCGUUGAAUGUGAUCCGCACAAGGCUGCAAGCGCAAGGUACUGAAGCGCAUCCUCGAUUUUACAAGUCACCGUGGGAUGCUGUUCAGUUGACUUAUAAAGCUGAUGGACUUCGUGGAUUUUAUAAAGGAUUGGGACCGACUUUACUCAAGGUCGUUCCCGCGGUCAGUAUCAGCUAUGUCACUUAUGAAUGGAGUAAGCGUGAGCUUGGUAUCUCAUAACUAGACGGGAAAAAACAAAACAUUUGUAUCAUCUUUAUUGUGUAUUUUUUGGCGAGGCUCCUUUUAGACGAAAGUAUAUUCUUCUGCCUCGAAUGAAUUGACUGUAGAUAUGUAAAACAAGGUUACAGGCGAAAAAGAGAACGGAACUGUGCAACGGGCGUGAAUAAAACCGUAACAUAGCAACGAACCAGCUUUUCGACAAAAAAUACAGCAUAGCAUUUAGGAUCGGUUCCUAUAGUAAUCGAACAAGACUUACUAGUU